ACACACGGACGGAAAGAGGCGGGAGGAGACGCAGCAGGACUCCCGGUCGGACCUCUUCUCCAAAUGCCACCGGACACCGACGGAGGCCUCGGACCGGACGGACGGACAGCGGGACCGCGACGCACGGGGCUCACCGGGAACAUGGCGGCGGAGACGACGAGCUGCUCGGAGCGUCGAUAAAUCAGCGGAACGACGCGGCCGGCGGCGGCGGCGGAGCAUCACUUAGAGCAGAGGCGAUGAGGGGAAGCCUGAAGACAGCAGCCGGUUUCUAAGCAACAACGACGCUGGUAAACACCAUGGCCUACAAGAUCCCCGGGGCGGCGAUGGACCGGGUCAGCCUGCUGUGGCGUCUGAGGCGUCGGGCUCGCCGUGGAGCGCUCUGCAUGGCCUUCUUCUGCAUCUCCAUGGCGCUGCUGUACGCCCUCUGUGCUGAGAACAGCGUGCCCGUCACCGACGCCAUCUUCGGCAUCCGGGCUCGAACCCGAGCUCAACCUCGAGCACAUUCAGUCAUCAAGGUGCUGAGAGGCGGAGCCAAGCCCAUGUACAUCGACCCUCAGAAGCUCCCAGGUGUCGUCCCAGGUGACCCUCACCGUCCAAUCCCCGUCCUCUCCUCUCUGAACCACACCCACAACGGCGGGGAGUCGCCGUCGAAGCGGAGGUCGAAGGAGCGCGAGCCCUCCGGCUUCUUCUCUCGGCUGCUGCCACGGCCUUUUACACGAGCGCUGGAGACUCUGUUUGGAGGCCGGAGGAGGGGGGAGCUGAGCGGCAGGGGCGGGGACGCAGAGUUCUUCGGGCCUCACGGGCUUCUGGGGGAGGUGUGGGACGACGAGAUGUCCAGCAGCAUGCUGGGAAGCCGGCUGAGGAAGGUGGUACAGAACUACCAGGCGAUGAAUAAAUACGGAGUCCAGUUGUCGGGCCCCGGCGGGGUCUCCAGCCGGCCAAAGCUGAGCGGUCCCGAGCUUCUCUGCCAGCUCAAGGACAACGUGGAGGUGACGACUUUGACCUCCGACCUCCAGCCCUUCUCAGCGCUGCCCUGGGCCGCCCAGCUGCCGCCCAAGCCGCUGACCUCCGAGCUCGGACCGUACAAGAGCUGCGCCGUGGUGUCGUCGGCCGGGUCGCUGCGCUACUCCGGACUGGGCAAAGAGAUCGACUCUCAUGACGCCGUGCUGCGCUUCAACGCCGCCCCAACCACCGGCUACGAGAAGGACGUCGGCUCUAAAACCACCAUUCGCCUCAUCAACUCGCAGGUGAUGGCGUCAGAUGACCACCGCUUCUUGUCCAGCUCUCUGUACAGCUCAGGUGUUCUGGUGGCCUGGGACCCCGCCCCCUUCUCUGCUGACCUCACACAGUGGUACAACCGGACCGAUUACCCCAUCUUCACCCAGUACCAGAGGUACCGGAGGCUUCACCCCCUGCAGCCUUUCUACAUCCUGCAUCCUCGCUUCGAGUGGCAGGUCUGGCAGCGAAUACAAGACAACAUGGCUGAGCCCAUCCAGAAGAACCCGCCGUCCUCCGGCCUGCUCGGCACCGUCCUGAUGAUGUCGCUGUGCGAGGUGGUGCAUGUCUACGAGUUCCUGCCGUCGCGGAGGAAGACGGAGCUCUGCCAUUACUACCAGCGUUUCUACGACGCUGCCUGCACGCUCGGCGCCUACCACCCGCUGCUGUACGAGAAGAACCUGGUGAAGCGCAUGAACCAGGGCUCCAACCGCGACAUCUACACCCACGGACGGGUCACGCUGCCCGGGUUCAACAGGCUGAACUGCACCCAGGCUGCUGGAGGAGAACCCGACCACUGACUGGAAGAACAUAAAGCAGAACCCUGCAUGAAGAACAGCGAACACAGAAGCAUGAAAACUUCAUAACCACUGCCGAACCAAAACAAACGCUCUCUAUGAAUAUUACAUGAUGAUCAUACAGGCUGGAAACACAUCAGUUUACCAUCACACACAAACAGAAACACGCUGGAGUCCAAUCAGCUGAUGGAUGUGCAGCUACAUGUCCUUAUGAGGACAUUCCACUUAGAAUUAUUACCCAUUAAAGGACCAUACCACUGUUUUGGAAAGCAACCAAAAGUCAUGUUUCACUUAUCGUUACUGCUAAACAUUAACUGAAAUCCUGAACCCUUUGGAAUAAAUUUCAGAGCUUAAACAAUCCAACGUUUAAAAAAAACCCAAAACAUAAUCUGGUGCAAAAUUGACAUAAAUAUGUUUUAUUCUGAUAAUGUUUUUGGUUGAUGUCAAUAUUCAGGACAACAAAUCAGCUCACACACAUAUAGUAAAAUUAUUAUUAUAUUGCUAUUUACAAUCAAGUGACUCUUUACAGUUCAUAAAUACGUGCUUUCAGUCAAGUUAUCUUACAGCUCAAACAAUGAUUGAUCCAUAAAAAACAAUAUAAGAUCUGAUAUAAGUAUAUAAUGAUUCAUUGCAUAUUAGCCGAAUAAAACCUAAAUUAUCUGUCAUAUUAAACAGUUUAACUUUAUUUUAAUACUCGAGACUUAACUGAGAAACAUUUUCCAUCACAGUGAACGAGUCAAGUCUUUACAUUUCAACAGUCUGUCUCUUAAAGAGUUCAUAUUCUGCAUAUUUACAGGUUUAUAAUCUUCAAAAACAUGUAGUAUUGAUCUCAUACUGUAUCGUACAAUAUUGAAGUGCUGUGAUUUGUCAGCUGGCACUGUGAUCUGUGACUAUAGGCCUGCUACAACCCCAAAGUUCAGGCAGGAAAGACAUGCAGAAGUCUCUACAACACACAAAAGUUUCACCCAGUGGCGUUAGCUGCUUGCUUGUACCGUUAAGGAGUGAGUUCAGGUUGCACCGGAGCACUAAAGGCAACAUGAUGGUCGUCUGUUACUGGAAAAAGCUGAACAACCGAAAGGGAAGAAUGGUCAGUCGGGUCGAGUUGAUCCAGGAAAGGAUUCAGGAGGGAGAAGGCGGCCCGAGUCAGUCAGGGAAAGCCAAUUAAAGGCUUAGCAAAAUACUAAUGCUAAAGUCCCACUGAAUACCAAAACGUCUCCACCAAUGUGGUGAAGUAUUGAGGUUGGCGUUCGUGGCAUCCGGUCUUCAAGUCUCCACAACGUUUGAAUGUCCCUCAGCUCCUCUGUUCCAUCAGUGCUAAUGGUACCAUUAGCCACUUUAGCUAAUGUGCUAACACUAAGGAUUUUCCGAUUGUUGCGCAGCAAGUCAUCAAAAAUCAAAGUAAUCCACUGGGUCUUUAGUUUCUCGGUUUCUGAGAGCACAUAACUCUUGCGUUCACUCCUGCAGUCAACAGCGGAGUGUUUUCUUCUCGUCGCUGAGACAUUUUAGAAAUAAAAGAAGCAGCGAGAAAAUAAUGUGGGACCAUGAGGCAGCUGCUCAUCCUUUGUUUAGCUAGCUGUCAGGCAGGUGUUACGCAAAUAUGAUGACAUAAAUAAGAAAGUAAGCAAAGCGUUUAUGUUAAAUGAGACAUUUAAGGUCAUUCACAAGCUUUGUAACUUUGGGUUUUGUAAGUUUGCACUCAAAACUAAAUAACAAAAACAUCCAAAAAGCAAAUGAUGGGCUCUUUAAGACUUCCCUGCUCUGUCUGUGGCUACAAGCUCCAGGCCUAUUGGUUCCCACUGAAGUCAUAAAUCUUUAAAACCACCUCAAAAAUAUCUAGCUUCUCUUUUUAAAAUCUGCUCCCUGAUUUCCUUCAUUGUGCAUCUAUUAGGGGAUAUUUUAAAUGUCGGAUUGACCCACUUUAGUGAGCGCUUGCAUGGCCGAUGGCCGUGAGUUUUUAACCAAACUGAUGCCCUAAACACUAACUGUGAUGCUUUGGUUGUCUCCAGUCUAAAACUUGAUGGGAUACUUUUCUAAAUAUAAAUCAGUAAUGCUAAGUAUACAGACUGAAAUGUGCUAAAUCAGUGGUAUGGUCCUUAAGUUCAUCAAAAAUGUCCUUACACAGGUGUAAAUGCACCUCCGACCAUGCAGACCUGCACAGAGAGGGCUUUUACCUUGGAAAUGUGCAUAAUUUAUUAGUCAUUCUGUCACUUUGAUUUAGAUUUUUACUUUGCAAAGCUGUCGGUUGUAUAAUUUCCUGAGAUGCUCGGCGGUUCCAGAAGGUUUUGCUGGUAGAAUCACAGCAGGUAAAGAUUUCUAGGCUUUUCAGAUCAGUGGAUUGAUCAAUUCUUCACUGCCAACACAGCUUCCCGGACAUAAUUUCGCAGCAUGAAUUUUACAGCCCUAUUUUCAGGGCUCUUUGUUUAGUUAGCAGGAUGUCGAGGCUUCGUCACAGCAAACUAUUUGGCUUUUUGGUCAGACGAGUUUACAAUGUGAAGUGGGGUCACUUUGAAACGGAAAUUUGCCAAAAAAGGACGUAUACAUCCUCAAAAUUGAAGUCAAGUCAUAAAAUAUUACAGAUACAUACCAGCAGUCAGCUAGCAGAUUCCCUUCACUUCCACUAUUUGUGCUAAGCUAGGCUAAAUGCAUCCUUGUCCUGGCUGUCUGAAUCCAUCUCGAGGUCAGACGGCAGAGGACAAUGAAUGAAUGAAUGUCUCUACAUGGCACACACAUCUCCACACCUGUAUACACACCUGAUUAAACCUAUUUAUCAAAGAAAAUACUGCCUGCGGAUGAGCUGACUUCUAACCCAACAAUAUGUCACUCUAGUAAAGAAGUUUUGUACCAAUAUUGUCUACCCUGUAACAGCCUACUCUCAGUAAUCUUUUUGUAAUCCUCACGUUGUGUAUAUAUCGUUGACCCAGUAGGACGGUCUUUACUGUGGUUCUGUGGCUCAGUAAUGCAAAACAGAACAGAGUUUUACUUCUAAAAACAUUCAUGUGUUCAGUUAGAUGAACAAAAACUCUGAUCCAAUGAAAAGUGGUUUAUCUAAAUAAGUUUUUCAUUCCAGUAAAUCAUAUGUUUAAUUCAAAAAUGACAAAUAGAGGCUACUGGGGAAACUUUUUACUGCAUUAGCUUCUUCCAGCCUUAAUGCUAAGCUAAGCUAAUUCAGUUACUGCUUCUGGUUUUAUAUAAUGAACAAGUAUAAGGUUUCAAUCAGUUUAAAAAUUAACAUUUAAGCAAAUUAAGAGACAGUAAGCAUUUAUAGUACUGCUACUACCACAAAAAAAUGUUGUACAUUUGUUCCGGCAGUCCUGAGUUAGCUAGUAUCAUACUAUAGACAGGUUACUCAUUAGUAGCUUAUAUAUGAAUAUUUUUAAUAUUUAGACAUACAUAGAAACAAAUGGGAAUGAAGUUCUGACUCCUCUCCACAUAUUUAUCUUUAGCUAGCUGACGUUGCAGAUGUAGUUUCAUUGAAAUAUUAAUGCUAACCAAAACCAAGCAAAGUUAGCUUUUGCUAGUAACAAAUGACCUGUGUGUGUAUUAAUGUCCAAUCUUGUGGUUAACUAACACAAUAAUAAUAAAAAUAAUAAUAAUAAUAAUGACUAUCUUUCUACAGAAGCUUCACCAUAAAUGCUAACUGAUGCUAAGCGUAUGUUAAUAGAAGUCUUAUGUUAUUAGAAAAUACACAGGAUCAUAAUGUUACCAUAUUGAGAAAAUUCUCAUUUUACAUUUUAAAAACCUGCAAGUUGUUUUUCUCAACCAGCUGCUAGCUUGGCGUGCUAAAUACCAUCAUUUAGUGCCAUUUUUUUUAGCACAAUGUUGAUGCUAAUCGUGCUUCCAUCGGUUUCCAGUUUGCGGAGACACAAAUAAUUUAGCUAAAUUAUUUCAUCUUUAUUUGGUAAAACAUGUUUUUGCAAAAGUAUUCUUUCUAAUCGUAAGUUGGUGAAGCUAGUAUCAAAGCUACAAUUAAACUGUGUAGCCAUUAGCCUAGACUUCUUUGCUAAUUAGCUAACUGAUGGUUUGUUCUUGACUCAAAUGUUUCAGGGAAUAAAACUCUGUUCUGCUAAAAUCUUGAUGAUUUCUGUAUUUUCACAGCACACAGUAAAGACACGCCUGUAGAGCACUUUUAUUCUAUUUAUACCGAUGCAUGUAAACCACCUGUAAAGGUUUUCUCCAGAGUAGUGUAGCGACUGGAGAAAUAAUCUCUGAUAAACAGAGAGAGUAUCCGCAUGGCACUGAUGCAGCUCAUUGUUUUUUCUCCACAGUUGACGUUAAACCUGUCAUUAGUAGCAUGCAAAUGGACAACGAGCCUGGUAUUAGUGUCUGCUGCUCCUUGGACGAUGGUAUGAUGUGUCUGAAAUACUUGAUUUUUCACGCUUUCUAUCAGGAGAAACUGCAAAAGGCAACACAGGAGCUCACACUGAAUGUAAACACAGGGAAAUGUUGAGAGAAUCAGUUUUAUUUUACAUUAAAUAUACGAUUUAAAACACCUCAAACUGAGUGAGUUUCACUAGCGCUAGAUGCAAACAGCUACUCUUGCUAGGCUAGUUAGCAGUUAGCAGGACCAGAUAUCUGGCAUUUCUUCUCCACUGUAAUCAGAUGUAGCUUCCUUCUUUAUGUGGUAUAUAAAUUUCCAAAGUGUUGAAGCAUGAAAUUAUUUUUUCAAAUACAGGAAAGUGUGUAAAUUAGCUGUAGCAAAGGCUAUCUCACCAGCUAGCUGUUAUUAGCCACAUUGCAGCCACUGCAGUUGGUUUUUACAUGCUGUUACUUUAAUUUUGUUCACGUCAAUUAUGCAUUUCUAUUGGAUGAAAAUUUUAUACGGUAAGGUAAAUAUAUAGUGAUAUAUAGUAGCUGCUUUUUGAAAAGACACAAUGCUAUCACACUAAGUUUCACAUAAUUCUGAGAAACAAAAUGGCGAUGUUAUUGUUUUUCUAAUUGCUUCUAGUUUUUACCAGAACUUUAUAAUUUAUUCAGGAGGUAAACACUUGAAUAAUUGAUGUCAUUGCAUUUCUGAGGAAAACUAGGAGAACAUUUUCUCCCUAUGCACUCUUGUCCCAAAUCAGCGUACGUUUUAAAGCCUUCUGACGUUUAUUAUUUUAGCUUACAGGUGCACUUUUUCCUCUGCUUUGCCUUCAUCCUCUUGGUUUCUGAGAGGGCUGGUUGUUGUUGAGCUGUUAAAUGGGAUUUUGUGUGCUUAAUGUAUUUUUCAUAUCUUUUUGCAUUAGAUUUUCUUUCUUCUAUGCUAAUGGACUCUUGAUGCGAGAACAAAAUUGCAAAGAAAACAAUCUUUUUAGCUGGCCGAGAAGCAUACAAAGACUUUUGUGAGCAUUUCACACUGGCAACGUUGAUUUUUUCCCACCAUCUGUUCCUGUUUUAGUUCAGCUUUCCUAAUUGUGAAAUAUAAAAAAGCUGAAAUGUAAAUACCAAAAAUAUUAAUUGCUUGUACUUAAGUGAAGGAUGGUUACAAAUAAAAUAAUGUGUUCUUUUUAAAAA